AUGGCCUUCGAGGACGUGGCGGUGUUGCUGAGCCGGGCCGAGUGGGACGCGCUCACGGCGGAGCAGCGGGAGCUGUACCGGGACGUCCUGUCUGACACCUACGAGCUGCUGACCUCCCUGGGUUAUCCAGGCCCCAAGCCUGACGUCCUGCACCGGCUGGAGCGCGGGGAAGAGCCGUGGAUCUCCUCAUCCCCAGGACACACCGAGAGCUGGCUGGAGGAGCUUUCCUCUGACUGGUGGCCCAGAUCCAGUGGGUACCAGGGUCUGGAGACCUCGUGUCCAGGAUGGAGCACGUUGUGGUGUCUCCAGGACAGGAACUUCCAGAAGUUUGGCUGUCACAAUGGAAGGAGCCAAGCCCCGUCGGAAGCAGACAGUGGAGUGGGGAGCCAAACCCAGCCAUGGCCUGUGAAGGAGGAAGUGGAGGAUAAACCUGAACCCAUGGAAGACAUAGCUUACAGUGAGAUAUUCCCGCUUCAUUCCAUGAUGGAACAGCAGAGCCUGCAUCCUUGGGAACAGCUGUGGGAUGGCCCAGGGCAGAGGAGUCACGGGAAUGCCCAAAACCACGGACACACCUUGGGAGAGGCGAUGCUUCUCCCGGGGACCCGGGGGCUGCGGGUGGAGGAGCUGCGGGCGGCGGCGGCGAAGGACCACGGCUACUGCCUGCGGAGCGAGCCGGGCACGCCCUGCGCCCCGCAGCCCUGCUCCCUGUGGGAACACAACUACUGCCAGCAGCUCCAGGCCGGGGAGAGCCGCGAGGCCGAGGGGAGCCGCGAGGGCCGGAGGAGAAGCAAGGCCGGGAGGAACCGCAGGGCUGGGAGGAGCCGCAGGGCCGGGAGGAACCGCGAGGUCAGCUCCCUGCGGGCCGUGCGGCGCCUGCUGGCAUGCCGGCAGUGCCGCGGGCGCAGGACGUUCCGCAGAGCCAGGGAGAUCCUGCGGCGCUACCAGCCCUACUGGAGGCUGGGCUUUCCGUGGAGAGACCGCUCCAGCUCUGGCGGUGACGCCGCGCAGGGGACGAAUCCCGAGGUUUGUCCCCCGACGGAUGCGGCCGCGCCGCGCCAGCUCCAGAGCGCCGGGAAUGCCGAGGGGGUGACGUUGGACACGCAGCGUGCCCCGGAGGGGAGUUUGGGAACUGGAGGGUCACCCCCUGCCCUAAGCCUGGAUGCAGGGGUGGAGAAUGGAGCGAAGCCUCUGGAGCAUCCCGAUGCCACGCAGGAGCUCGAAGGAUGCACAGAAGGCCAGAAAAUGCAGGAGCUGUCGCUCCAGGAUGUGUUCCGGAACGUUCUGAAAGCAGUCAGGUACAUACUGGACUCCAUAUGCGAGAAGUUGGAGCUCCAGGGGGUCCCCAAAGGGAAGAGCAUCUGGCCCAUCAUCAUCCAGAUUGACAACUUGACAGAGAAGAAGAAGAAGAAGCUCUGACUCCCGGGGGGGAACUGGGAUUGGAUUCACUGAGGCACAGUGCUCAAUCCCCCCAAGUUCCGGGGGGUUCAGGAGGGGAGGUGUGGCAGAGGUGGAUUGGAGGAGGGGAAACUGGGAGUGUGGGGCCUGCCUUGAACUGGGAUUGACUGAGAGGCUUUGGAGAAAAGCAGUGGGAAAGGGGAGGGUUUGUGUGGCUCAAAGGAGGAAAGAAGAAAAGUGAGCAUUGCAUCCUGAAAUCCUGGAAUGGCUUGGGUUGGAAGGGAUGUUAAAUCCAUCUCUAAAAACCAGCCAGGGGUUGGGCUGUGCUCCUGUCACUGAAACGAUGGGAAAAACAAAAACCCUCAAAUAACGUUUUUGGUGUUAGGAAAGGCACUGCCUUAUUUCUGGCUGGGAUGUGCAACAGAAAUUAUUUCACCCACACGUGGCCUGGGUGUGCAGAGAAAAUCAUCUCAUGGCAGGUGAAUUUUACUCGUUUUUUCCCAAACUAUAUCCAGUCCAAAACCCACAGAAAUCCAUUGGUUCAAUGCUCAUUGGUUCCAUAUUGCAGAGUUCUCAGAAUUUGGUUUCUUAUUGGACCGGGAUUUUUUUGCCUCUGAUGUCUAUUGGGCCCUGACAAAUCUCUUUAUCAGCCUUUUCCAGCUCCAGGGGUCUGGGGUAGAUGUUCCUCGAUGUUUGCUGAUGGUUGUCAUCUUUUUGGGCCUCUUUUGGGCUAUUCCCAGUUUGUUGAGAUGUUACGUUUAUCAGGCCUCACAGAGGGGAACAAUACCCUCAAAAAAUAUUCCUCUAAUUCCCUUCUCAAAGGCAAACUGAGCCUGACUAGAGAAAUAAAAAGAAUUUUAAACAUUG